UGCGGAAGUUGACGUUUCAUACGGCAGAUAAGCGGUGUAUUCCUUUUCAUUUCUCUUAUUUAUAAUGAAAUUGAAGAUAAUUACAACAAAACCGGUCAGUUUGAACUUUUUUUAAAAAUGUUGUUGUUUUAGUGACAGAUUUUGUUCUGAGGUUUUUGGCCGGUUUUGUCCUCAUGAUGUCAUAACUUCAGAACAGCUGUAAUCCAGAGCGGUUUAUGUGUGUUCAACUAGCAGUCUCAUGCUAGAAUGUCAGCAAUGUGGCCUGAGAAAGCUGGAUAUCUUGAUUGAUGGCAGCAUUGGCAGUGUUGCGUCAUGCCAGCAGCAGUCCUCUGCUGUGGGGCUGGACUCCCGUCUUGUUUGCUCUCCUGGGCUCAGUAUUUGUCCUGCUGCUGCCUUUAGCAGGCAUAGAGGAGCAAUGCUGUGCCACUCUGAAGGGCAUCGCUCUCCUGCGAUGCCAGCUGUGGGGGGGUGUCCAGCGACCUACGGUUCACACGACCAGCCUGACGGUCCUGUUCACAGAACUAGAUCUACUGCCACAAAAAGUCAAGCCCAGUAAAGAGAGUCAGUUGGAGGCGAAGGCGGCUCUUCAGCAGGCUCUGGAGAUGAAGAAGCAGGGGAAGAGGGAGAAAGCUCACAAGCUGCUCGUUCACGCUCUCAAAAUGAACCCUGAAUUUGUGGAAGCUCUCACCGAAUUGGGAACCAUUCUGGAGGAAGAAAAGGACGUUGUCCAAGCAGAUCACCUCUACACCAAAGCUCUCGCCAUCUCGCCUUGCAACGAGAAAGCUUUGGUGAGCAGGGACCGCACCCUUCCCUUAGUAGAGGAAAUAGAUCAGCGAUACUUUGGAAUCAUAGAUGGAAAGGUACGACGUCUCAUGUCUAUACCGAAGGGCAACUCUGCCUUGUGCCGUGUGAUGGAGGAAACCUACUACCAUCACAUUUAUCAUACGGUUGCCAUAGAAGGCAACACGCUCACACUGUCAGAGAUUCGCCAUAUUAUAGAAACCAGAUACGCUGUACCAGGUAAGAGCCUUCAAGAACAGAAUGAGGUGAUUGGUGUGGAUGCCGCCAUGAAGUACAUCAACACCACCCUUCUGUCCCGUGCCAAGGACAUCACCGUAGAUGAUAUCUUAGAGAUACAUCGGCGGGUUCUGGGCUACGUCGACCCCAUCGAAGCCGGGCGAUUCCGGACUACCCAGGUGUUUGUGGGGCAUCACAUUCCACCUCACCCACAUGACCUAGAUAAACACAUGCAGGAACUGGUGCAGUGGUUGAACUCAGAAGAGACGUUACAUCUGCACCCUGUGGAGUUCUCAGCUCUGGCGCACUAUAAACUGGUUUACGUGCAUCCGUUCGUGGACGGGAAUGGACGGACGUCUCGACUACUUAUGAAUUUGAUCCUAAUGCAAGCCAGUUAUCCGCCAAUCACCAUUCGUAAGGAACAGAGGGCGGAGUAUUACACUGCAUUGGAUACAGCCAACGAGGGUGAUGUCCGGCCCUUUAUUCGAUUUAUCGCAAAAUGCACAGAAAUUACACUGGAUACUCUACUGAUAGCCACGACGGAGCAUGCAGUUGGGCUGCCCGGUGCUAGCAAUCACGCAUGCCCGGACUGUAAACAAACCAUACCUGCUCACAGCUGAGAAAUUCUAUUUUAGUUUGUGGGAAAAAAAUCACACGUGUAUUUUAUGUGCCAUAUAGGGACCAUGUGGGCUGCAGGAUGAUUCUCUAUUCAAAUCAUCUGUUUAAUGUAUUACUGUUGGUUUUUGAUGAUGUGUAGCCACAUUAAAGACUGUGUUUUAUCCUCAACGUUUUAAGUAACAAAUGAAGGAAAAGUUGAAUAGCUGUAAGUGUGAAAAGCCUGGUGAACAGUGCGUUGGACAUACCUUAAAGUGUUUGUUCUUCUGUGCGCACAAGUGCAUUUAUAUUAUUCAUGUACUUCUAAUUUCUUUAGUAGCUUGCUUUUAUUCAAAAAUCAAAACUUGAAGUGAAAAAUAUGCCGACAGCUCUAAAAUCUCUAUUUAGUAUGAGUCAUUUUCUGAUUUGAUGAAUCGGAUAAAUGAUGAAUUUGUUCUCCUCUUGGCAUGAUUAUUCAUAUCUGUGAAUAUGUAUGUAUAUGUAGCUUAAUUUACAGAAAAGAAAACGUGACAUUGUCAGAAUUUUGAUCUGUGUGAAUAAUAGCUAUUUGCAAACUUUUCAAUCAUUACAAUUAUUCUUAUCUCUGA